AUGUCUUUGUGUAUAUCUUACGGUGUGAUCACCACAUCUGGGUUUAGCAAGUUGCAAUUUAACAUCUCAACUAGAAGUAUCACCAUGCAAUCCACGGUUGGAAUUAUGCUCCUAUUGAGCCUAGCUGUCUUGAGUGGUAAAGCUGACGACAUUUAUUCAGACGACGGGAUAGUGGAGGAACGAGAGGCGCUCAGAUGCUAUGAAACUUGCAGGCCUUUGCUUCAGAGGUGUUCAGAAAAUUGUGAAGUUGCAGAGGUCUGCUUCACGAAUUGUCUGGAAGAGAAUUUGCCUCAGGAACGGAUGAACCAGCUUAUAGAGGGCGGCGUGGCGAAGCGUUAUCUCAACUAUCUUGGGAUUUGA